UCGUGCCUUGCAUCGAGGAUUCUCAACACUGAUACGCUCUUAUCAGCGCCGUCAGCUACACCGACUAGCAAAUCCUUUUCGAGCCUACAUUACUAGAGUAGAAGCGAUACACUUAGAACAAGUUGAAGCUAAAGCAACUGUCGGUCCGUCGUAUUAGAAAGCACCAUGGCCACGCCUGAGAACGUUGAUCAUAUCGAAGAAGAUCCGCGCAAUCCUUACGCCUCGGCCAAUAAAUGGAGACAUCAAGAGUCGUCCUCCUUCGCUCGCGCCGCACUUGCACGAGAUGCUCAAUCGUCCAGUGCAGACACAAAGGACCUGUCCAACUUUUUCAACUCCGCGCGCGUCGAGAGCGACGGGCCUGCAGCUGGAAAUUAUAAACCAAUUGUUGUCAGUAACGUUCAUGGCGCACACGACGGAGGAAUCGUCGACGACGGGAAAGAGGUGGUGUGUGGACCUCUACUGAAUUACCGACGUAUGGAAGAUAGGACGUGGCACGGAAGCGUUUUGAUUGUUAUCAAGGGUGGUGGCAAGACCCAGGCUUUUCACCCUACCUUAAGCCUCAGUCGCGUCGAGACAGCCACCGGGCAACCAGGUUUACUUCAUCCGGAAUCCAGUGUUAACGGUUCCGAGGCGCUAGGGACGAGCAGUUCCGGUGCUGUUCGGAAUGGCGCUGACGUAUCAGGUAUCUGUCUCUAUUCUGAUCCUAGGAACACGUUUUGGCAAUUUCCUAUUGCUUGUGAAAUCGGCAAUACCGAGACGAAAUGGGCGUACUCGAUUGCCAAUGUGCGCUACAAAAGCGCCACGAAGCCAAAGACGAACUACUUCUUCGUUCCAGCCAUCGACGAGUCGAUGCGAAUCAUGUUCCAUUCGUGCAAUGGCUUCAGCGUAGGCACGGAUGAAGACGCCUGGAGCGGACCGGCGCUAUGGAAUGAUGUAGUGAGAAAUCAUGCCAAAGCUCCAUUCCACGUAAUGAUAGGAGGUGGCGACCAAAUCUAUAACGAUGGUAUUCGAGUAAGCGGGCCUCUUCGCGAAUGGACCGAUAUAGGGAACCCGAAGAAACGACGCGACUUCCCUUUUCCAGAAAGCUUGCGAGCAGCUUGCGAUGAUUACUACCUGAAUAAUUAUAUUCGAUGGUAUUCAACGGAACCGUUCGCCGCUGCCAACGGACAAAUACCACAGCUAAACAUUUGGGACGACCAUGAUAUUAUUGAUGGUUUCGGAUCCUAUGUUAACGAGUUCAUGAAGUGCGAUGUAUUCCGAGGUAUUGGUGGCACUGCUCACAAAUAUUAUAUGCUUUUCCAGCAUCACCUAGCGCCACCUCCUUCGACAUACACGUCGGAUGUUCCCGCAACCCCAGAGCAUGGGUUACAGCAACAGGAUCCGGCGCAACUCGUGGAUACGUUUGUGAGAGAGCAAUCAUUUGACUCGUCCUAUAUCAUCGGUAGCAGUCCCGGACCAUACGUCGCCCAGCACUCGAUGAACAUGUUUUCCAAGCUCGGCGCCAGAAUCGCGUUCCUUGGCAUUGACGCUCGUACCGAACGUACACGACACCAGGUUAACUAUCCUGAGACGUACGACCUCAUUUUUGGUCGCGUGAAGGAUGAACUAGGAGCAGCGGCAGCAGCUGGUAGACCCUUUAGGCAUUUGAUUUUGUUGCUAGGUAUUCCGAUUGCGUAUCCGCGACUCACUUGGUUGGAGAACGUGUUCAGCAGCCCCCUUAUUGCACCUGUUAAAUUCUUGAACCGAAGAUUCGGAUUCGGUGGCGGCGUGUUUAAUCACUUCGACGGUAGCGUGGAUCUCCUAGAUGAUUUGGACGACCACUAUACCGCCAGGACCCAUAAGAAAGAGCGAAAUGCUCUAAUAAAACGGCUUCAGACUGUCUGCUCAGAGUUCUCGGUCCGCCUCACCAUUCUCGGAGGGGACGUUCAUUUGGCAGCUCUCGGACGGUUUUACUCAAACCCAAACCUGCACAUUCCAGUUGAAGCCGAUCAUCGUUACAUAGUCAACGUAGUAUCUUCCGCGAUAGUGAAUAAACCCCCGCCGGCAGCAAUUGCCAACCUCCUAGCAAGCCGUAACAAAAUCCAUCAUCUCGAUGCGGACACGGAUGAGACGCUCAUGGCACUCUUCGAUAAGGAUCCGGGGAAUUCUAGCAAGACCCGGUCUUCGAACAAUGUCACGAUGCCUAGCCGAAAUUACGCUGUUCUCACGGAAAACUCGCCGAACAAUAGGGGUGGGGCUGCUAAUGGUCACGCAGAACCAGCGGAAGCCAAUCCGUCGGAGAAUCAGUUCGAUGGUAAGGAUGGACACUCAUACCUAUCCAAAGGCGAACUCGGCGCGGGCACUAAGCACAAGGCCGCGAAUUUCGAGACGCAUGGCAAAGAUAACGAUGGUGGUCUCGACGUCUGCAUUCGGGUAGAGAUUGACCAGCAUGAUAAAGAGGGCAAGACCGAACCGUACGGCCUAACGAUUCCAGCUCUUAACUACGAAGCUGGGAAGUUUAGCACCAACGCGCACACUCAUCAUCUUCGCCACCACCGAAGCCGACCAGACACGGCUGGAGCUGCGAGCUCUUUUGCCCCAAGUACUGCCCCUUCGUUGCCUGUCUCGGCGCCUGAAGCUACUCACUAGAGGCAAGCCUAGCUGGAGCGCGAUUGGCAUACAAGCAUAGGCCGUAACCGAGAUAAGGGCGUAUAUGCUACACGGUCUACUAUACCAUCUACUUGUCGGGUAUAUUUCAAGAAUGGAUCAUGAAUACAAGCUCGUAUUUAAAACAAUAGACGAAGGAUAAUAGAUAAUA